AUGUCCACUCCAGAUUCCGGUACCAUAGAUACCCAAACGCCAAACUUGACCGGCGCCGACGUCGAAAGGGAAAGGUCCUCAAGUAACGAGAACUCACCAAGCAACGAUAACAUAGAAGUGGGGGAUGCGAAGGUCGAUGAGGAGUCUACAGAAUCGAAUAAGCCAGAAAAUAAUGCGGGUUCUCACGAUUCAUCGACGGCGGUGGAAGGUGAAGGCGUUUCUUCUGAUGGUGAAGCGAAUUUGUUUGAGAACCAAAAUGGAGAGAGCGAUUCGUUGGAAAAGAGCGAUGUCGUAGACGCUCCACCUUUACCAGAAGAAGCUCUUCCAUCCCUUCCUAAUGAACAACCCCCAGCUGCUACAAAAGAAGAUGAUGGUUGGGCGAAUUCGAUUGAGAACCAAAAUGGAGAGAGCAACUCAUUAGAGAAGAGCGAUGCCGUAGACGCUCCACCUCUGCCAGAAGAAGCUCUCCCACCCCUUCCUAAUGAACAACCCCCAGCUGCUACAAAAGAAGAUGAUGGUUGGGCACCAGUUUGGGACGAGACAAAUCAAGCUUUCUACUUUUACAAUCGCUUUACCGGAGCUACGCAAUGGGACAAUCCACGCAUUCCCGAGGUGUCUCAAACUGGUCCACCCGGUGUACCACCCGCAAAGUCUGCUGUUGCGCCUACAGAAAGCAUUCCAACUUCUCGUCCAGCUGGUGGCUACGAUCCUGCCAUCCAUGGAGAUUAUGAUCCAACUGCCUGGUAUGCCCAGCCAGCAACAGUCGAAGCGCCAACUGCUGCCGGGUUGGAUCCCGCCACUGCCUAUGCGUCUACCGGGCAAUUCAACCGAUUCACAGGACGUUGGCAGGCUGCAGAAAUCAAUCCAGAGAACUUCAACGAUGAGAAUAAGAGCAAAAGACAAAUGAACGCUUUCUUCGAUGUCGAUGCCGCGGCAAAUGAUCAUGAUGGUCGAAGUUUGAAGGAGGAACGCAGUGGUAAGAAAUUAUCAAAGGCGGAACUGAAGCAAUUCAAGGAGAAGAGGAAACAUAGAAAGGAAGAGAAACGAAGGGCAUGGUUGAGGGACUAA